AUGACAUGCUUCUCGAGACUAAAGAGUAAAAGUAAUGACAAUCCUCGCCUUGGUCGUCGUCAAGAAAUGGUGCGAAUUCACUACUCCAAGCCUUUUUCAACAACACUUGCAUUUACACUUACUUUGUUUCUAAUAAUACUCUCAUCGUUAAACUCCAAAAGUGCUGCUGCGGAAUACAAUAACAUUGGUGCUGGUGUUAAUAAUGAUAGUAAUAGUUAUGUUGCAACUAUUUUAAGUGGUGGAAAGGACGUAAAUUUCGAACUUAGUCCUGUUAAAAAUUCCUUUGCUUUGGAUAUAAGACAAGCACAACUUUAUCUAUGGACAAAUACAAGCAACAACACUCCACCUAAAGAUAACUGGGUUGCACUUAUCGAUUGUGAUCCAUUAGCAUCCUCUACCAUAAAACAAGUCCUAGAGCAUAAUCCGAGCGCGAUUUUAGUUAGUCAAGGCGCAUCGUGUCCCCAGCAAUAUGUUGACGCACCAGACAAUACGAAUGUCGAGCCAAUCUUUCAAUCAAAACAACUGGAUUCUUAUAUAAAUUCAUUAAAACAAGGUGAAAACAUAAGCAUAAGUAUUGUUAGUCGACCUCAUUCGUUACAUAAUGACAAAAGCAAUACUAGUGGCACUGGAGAACCUCCACCCAAUCGACUACGUCCUUCUCGUUCUGUUGGAGUUACUGUGUUAGAAAGUUUCCCGGUUUAUUUGUUUUCGCUUGGUGGUGUUAAUGCUAUUGGAACUAAUUCUAAUGAAUCGGAAAAAGAUCCAAAAGAUGAAAUUGAUGUGGAGAAAGGUUUACGAAAUGAUCCCGAUAAGAUUAAUAAUGGAGAGAGUAAGAACGAUGAUAAUACCACACAAGAUGAUGAUGGUCCUGAUUAUAUGGCUGUCCCUUAUGAAUCUGAGUCGCUAAACGAGGAAAAUGCUAUUUCAAACGCCAACAACAGUAACGAUAUUAAAGAUGACGAUAAUCAAACUGAUGAGAUAAAUAAAGAUGAUAACAAUGAAGAUGACGAAAAAAGUUCAACGGACGAAAGUCCAACUCCAUUAAUAAUCCCUAAACAAAUUGUUGCGCAAUUACAGAACUCCUCGAAAACCUGCUCAAUAUCUACUCUUUCUGGGUCAGUAAUGUCUAAUCAUGUGACUGAAGAACAAUUGACUUGUCCUAUUUGUUUGGGUGAUUUUGAGGCUGGUGAGGAAUUACGUGUUUUACCGUGUCAUCAUCAAUAUCACACAUCAUGCAUUGAUCCAUGGCUACUAGAUAUUUCCCCAUUAUGUCCAAUGUGCAAAGCAGACUUCACUACAUGGAACAUCGACGUAUCCGCACAACAAGGCAGCACCGAUGACCCAUCAGCAUCCACCAUCUCGGUCGAUUCAUCUGCCACUCCUCCAACUACCACGCAACAAGCACCACCUAUCGACAACUCUGACGCAAUAUCACAAAUUUCCUCGAUUGAUGAUUCACUACACACAUUCCCACAUUUCCGAUGGAUAAAAUAUUUAACGGCUAUUCGUCGCGCUGGAAGACGCAAUCGACGAAGAAGUCGACGACCGAAUGUUAGACAUUCCGCACAACCACCUAGAAUUCAGCAUCAGCAUCAGCGACAACAGUCAAGUGAUGCUGCUAGCGGUAGUAAUGAUUCGCCUUUAAAUCGUGUUAGUAUGUAA